UCCCCUGCCGUCCUCCGCGGGCCGGGCCGGGCCGGGCCGGGCGGGGCCAGGCGGAGUCUGUCUCCCUCGGCGGGAUCUGCCGCUGCUGUGGCUUCAGGCAGGAGCUGGAGCCGGAUUCGGAGCGGGUGCCGGAUUUUGGCAGCGCCGUAGGAUGGACCUCCCUCACCUCACGAAUCCUACCGACCUCCCCAAGCACAUCCUGGAUAUCUGGGUCAUCGUCCUGAUCAUCCUGGCCACCAUCCUCAUCAUGACGGCGCUGGUGCUGUGCCCAGCCACUGCUGUCAUCAUCUACCGAGUACGAACGCACCCGACACGCAACGGCAUCGUCUGAGCCAUGGGCAGUGGGGGACGGCCAGCUCGCUGGGCUGGGGGCUACAGCCAUGGGACCCUGUGCCACGGACCUCCACGGGGCACUCUGAGAGCUGGAGCGUGGGCAGGAGCUGGGGUGGGCCAGCACCCAGACCUGCUGCUGUACGUGGCUCUCACUGGCUACCCACUGCUCAUUUUGCCCACCGACCUCAUGGGGACAAAGAGGGAAAUGACAGCAUGGGCAGCAGUGGGGAGAGGUGUGACUUUGUGGACAUGUCUCAGCUGGAAAUAUCUCACUCCCAUGAGGGAGGCAGGCUGCUCUCGCCUUCACCGGUGACACUGUGUCCUCCCAGGCAAGCAGCAAGGAGUGGAAAUGCCUGACCAAGUUAUAUCUUCUUUGGAGUCCCAGCUGUCAAGGUGUUUGGGGACAAAAGAGUCAAAGCAAGAUGGAUGGGGCUUCUGGUUGUGCGUUUAGUGCUUGGCUAAAAGCAUCCGUGACAGAGCUGGCUGCACAGCAGACGUGCAGCCGGCACCGGCUUCUCCUCAGUCCAUCAUCUGCAGCAAUGGUAGGAAAAUCCUGCAGGGCUCCUGGUUCCUCUGGGUCUUGUGGGGCAGAGGAUUGUGUGCAGUUCUGCCAGCCCUCUUGUGUGCACGCUGGCUGCAUUCCCCACUGCUGGUGGUGAGAGCUCCCUCUGUUUGCCCAGCACACCAGCCCUGCUGGGGAGCCUGUGCAUGCCUCACCUGGGCAGGUAAAGUGGGAGGAGCGGGUUUGUGCCCAGGCAGUGGCAAGGGAUCAUGUAAGCUCUUGUACUGCCCUUUGUUAUGAAAUAAAUAGAUUUUAGUGUGUCGUGCAGCUCUGUCCACACUAUGGGUGGUGUCUGGCUCUGCAGGAUCUGGGGUAC